CCCAUUCCGACUUCCCUACAAACUCCUCUACAUUCCGUUAUCUAACUUUCGUAGCUGCCAGCCAUGGCAUACCUUGGUGCGGGGCUCGACUCGGCGAUGCGUAUCGCCAACCACUCGAUGGAUACAUCUGACUACGCAAGAAUCACCUGCCCUGGACAGUGGGAUGAACCCCACCACUGCUCUGCAACCUUCCGCGAUAAACAUCGUUAUACCAUACCUACAGGCUGGUUGCAUCGGGCUCUCUUUGGGGGCACAUACCUCCUGCUGUGCCAGACAGACAAAACUCUUGCAGGGUUCUGCUACUGACCCCGCCCCUGAUGGCCCUGCUGCCACCUAGACUGCAGGCAAGCAAAGAAGUACUCGGCUGCUGCCAGCAAUGGCGAACCAAAGCAGCAUCGCUAGCACCGAUCAAGCACCAGAGCAAGCACCAGAG